UGCACUUCCGGUUCCGGUAUCAAAAAUCUAAAAUAUUACAAAAAUGACUAAAUUUCUUUGAAAUACAGCGAUUUAAAAAUGUCAAACGGUAGUGAUCCUGUGAUAUUAGCAACCGCAGGCUAUGACCAUACCAUUAGAUUCUGGCAGGCGCACAGUGGAAUAUGUAAACGAACUGUACAGCAUCCAGACUCUCAAGUGAAUGCACUUGAUAUCACCCCUGAUAGGCAACUUAUAUCAGCAGCAGGCUAUCAGCAUAUUCGUAUGUAUGACUUGAACUCUAAUAAUCCCAAUCCAUUGAUCAACUAUGACGGCAUAUCUAAGAAUGUAACUGCAGUUGGCUUCCAUGAUGAAGGCAAAUGGAUGUACAGUGGAGGGGAAGACUGCUCUGCAAGAAUAUGGGAUCUCAGGUCACGCAAUCUACAGUGCCAAAGAAUAUUUCAAGUAAAUGCUCCAGUUAACUGUGUCUGCUUACAUCCCAACCAGGGAGAGUUAUUUGUUGGUGACCAAAGUGGUGCUAUUCAUAUAUGGGACUUGAAAACAGACCACAAUGAACAACUUAUUCCUGAACCUGAUGCAGCAAUUCAGUCCAUUUCCAUUGAUCCAGAAGGUACAUACAUGGCUGCUGUCAACAAUAAGGGUAACUGUUAUAUCUGGACAUUGACCGGAGGCAGGGGCGAUGAGUCCACCCAACUGCACCCCAAAUCUAAGAUACAGGCCCACCAGAAAUAUGUACUCAAAUGUCUCUUCAGUCCAGAUUCUACUUUGCUGGCCACAACAUCAGCAGAUGGAACUGUGAGGAUAUGGCGCACUGCAGAUUUCUCUCUCAUGACCGAACUUAAGGAUAACCAUCAACGUUGGGUGUGGGACUGUGACUUCAGUAGUGACUCUCAGUACAUCAUCACUGCUUCGUCAGACAACAUGGCGCGGCUCUGGAACGUUGAGUCAGGUGAAGUUAAGAGAGAAUACAGUGGCCACCAGAAGGCUGUCAUAUGUUUGGCAUUUAGAGA